GAAAGAGAUGUUUCAGGUCCAGGUUCAGGUUCGCCGCGUAUGUACUUGUCCUAUAAAUACCUGCAUUUAGGUGUUUGAAUUGUCAUAAAAAUCAAUUAGACACAUACUAGCUAAUAAUCUGGUUGGUUUGGGUUUGAUCAACAGAAUUGCUUAAUUUAAGCAGUGGAUAUAUAUAUAUAGAAAGAGUAUUAAGUAUGAAUGCAUUGGCUGCAACCAACCGAAACUUCAAGUUGGCAGCUCGGCUUUUAGGAUUGGACUCGAAGCUCCAAAAGAGUUUACUCAUCCCUUUCAGAGAAAUCAAGGUGGAGUGUACCAUACCAAAAGAUGAUGGUACCUUGGCAUCGUUCGUAGGAUUCAGGGUUCAACACGAUAAUGCUCGAGGCCCAAUGAAAGGAGGAAUUAGAUACCAUCCAGAGGUUGAGCCAGACGAAGUAAAUGCAUUGGCACAACUAAUGACUUGGAAGACAGCAGUGGCAAACAUCCCUUAUGGGGGAGCAAAAGGUGGAAUCGGGUGCUCCCCUUCGGAUUUGACCGUCUCCGAACUUGAGAGGCUAACCCGAGUGUUUACCCAAAAGAUACACGAUCUCAUCGGUGUCCACACUGAUGUUCCUGCACCAGAUAUGGGCACUGGCCCACAGACGAUGGCUUGGAUACUAGACGAGUACUCAAAGUUUCAUGGCUAUUCACCUGCUGUAGUAACUGGAAAGCCAAUUGCUCUUGGUGGAUCCCUUGGCAGAGAUGCAGCUACUGGAAGGGGUGUACUUUUCGCAACGCAAGCACUGCUUAAUGAGUUUGGAAAGAGCAUUGCAGGACAACGAUUUGUCGUGCAGGGAUUCGGAAAUGUCGGAUCUUGGGCUGCUCGUCUAAUAAGGGAAGAAGGUGGGAUAAUAGUUGCAGUGAGUGACAUAACAGGAGCUAUAAAGAACAGUAAUGGUAUAGAUAUCCCAAGCCUGAUCCAACACGUGAAAAAAACUCGUGGAGUGAAGGGGUUUGAAGGUGCGGACAAUAUAGAUCAAGAUUCAAUAUUGGUUGAGGAUUGUGAUGUUCUCAUCCCUGCAGCCCUUGGAGGAGUCAUCAACAGAGAUAAUGCAAAGGACAUUAAAGCAAAAUUCAUAAUUGAAGCAGCUAAUCAUCCUACUGACCCAGAGGCUGAUGAGAUAUUGUCAAAGAAGGGAGUGGUUGUUCUUCCAGACAUCUAUGCAAAUUCAGGAGGAGUUACCGUGAGUUACUUUGAAUGGGUUCAGAACAUACAAGGGUUCAUGUGGGAUGAGGAAAAAGUGAAUGAGGAGCUGAAGAGAUAUAUGACAAAGGGAUUUAAAGAUGUAAAAGAGAUGUGUCGUACAGUGACAGUCAAAGGCAGCAAUAGCUCAUGUGAUCUGAGAAUGGGAGCCUUGUGCUUGGGCGUUAAUCGUGUCGCCACAGCUACUAUUCUCCGAGGAUGGGAAGCAUAAUCAUAAUCACAAUCAUAACAAUAAUCAGCAAUAGCUUAAUCCUCCGACUAGGAUUAGGAUUAAUAAGCUAUUGGUAUUUGCACCGACAAUAUUUUAUAUAUUAUCUAUCUUUUUCGGCUUUUGCUUCAAUGUGUGUUAAUGUCUCGAAUAAUGUGAUCCGUGUACUGUUAUGAAUACGACACGUAUUAAUGCAAUGUACUUUAUCAAAAUAUUUUCUGCUUGAUUUAUUAAUAAUAUAUCUCCCAACUUUGUUUGUCUUCGUCCCUCCCUAUAUAUUAAUUCAAAACACGUUAGAGUCUAAAUAACACUCUCAUGCUUCGUAUGUUGACAUGACGAAAAAUUUAUUAUGUUUCGUAAUGUUGUUUAUAAAUUACUUUUUGCACUGUAUAUUCUUUUUUUUUUCAUCAAUUUGUCUAUUAAAAUUUUUAAAUAAAAAUUUUGUUUUAGCAAUAACUUUUAUUAUAUAUUUC